ACAUGAAACAAGCAUAGAGCAUAGAAGGUUUGGGAUUCUAUAUAAAGAAUUAUAGAUAAAAGGAAUUAAAAAUGGAAGUUGUUAAUUAAGAUAGAUUUCUUCAUAAUUCAAUCGCAAAUUUACACAAAGUUUCAAUGGAUUUGAAAUUGCAAUUGAAAUCACCACUAUCACAGAGUUUCUUACUACGUUCUUCUCCAACCCAUUUCACCUACAGCUCCAAUUCAAUCCAUUUCACCAAAAAGUUUGCUUCUUUUUCCACAGUCAUGGCUACUUCUGCUGCAUCAGCGGCGAAACCAAUCGCUUAUGGUUUCAAAACUUUGUUGGAAACUUUCACUGUUGAUGUUCAUAGAGCAGAGAAUAGGCCACUGAAUGUGCCCUUGAUUUCACCUUUUACAAUUGCUUCUUCAAAGUUGGAGAAAGUUGAGAACGUUGCUAUUAGGGUUGAAUUGAGUAACGGUGCUGUUGGGUGGGGUGAAGCACCGAUUUUGCCUUUUGUUACUGCGGAGGAUCAACACACGGCUAUGGUUAAAGCUUCUGAAGCUUGUGAUUUCUUGCUGAAAUGUCCUGCGUUAACAUUGGGUUCUAUGUUGGGGAAAAUUGGUGAUAUUCUUCCCGGGCAUCAAUUUGCUUCGGUUAGGGCUGGAGUGGAGAUGGCAGUAAUCGACGCUGUUGCGAAUAGUAUUCGUGUGCCAUUGUGGAGGCUUUUUGGUGGUGCUUCAAAUACCAUAACCACUGAUAUAACAAUCCCGAUUGUUUCUUCAGCUGAAGCAGCUGAAUUGGCUUCUAAGUACUAUAAACAAGGAUUCAAGACAUUAAAGCUGAAAGUGGGAAAGAAUCUGAAUGCAGAUAUAGAAGUGCUUCAAGCGAUACGUGUUGCUCACCCCGAGUGUCAGUUUAUUCUCGAUGCUAAUGAAGGGUAUAACUCUGACGAAGCAGUGGAAGUCCUCGAAAAAUUACACGAAAUGGGGUUGACCCCUAUUCUAUUUGAGCAACCAGUUCACAGAGAUGAUUGGGAUGGUCUUGGUUACGUGAGUAACAUAGCGAGAGAAAAGUAUGGAGUAUCUGUUGCAGCUGAUGAGAGUUGCAGAAGUUUAGUAGAUGUUUACAAAAUAGUUGAAGGGAAUAUUGUAGAUGUGAUUAACAUUAAGCUUGCUAAAGUUGGAGUUAUAGGUGCAAUAGAUAUUAUUGAAAAAGCAAGAUCAGCAGGAUUGGAUUUGAUGAUUGGUGGUAUGGUUGAGACAAGACUUGCUAUGGGAUUUGCUGGUCAUCUUGCUGCUGGCCUUGGAUGUUUUAAGUUUAUUGACCUAGACACACCACUUCUACUAUCAGAUGAUCCAGUUCUCGAAGGCUAUGAAGUUUCAGGUGCCACUUACACAUUCACAAAUGCUAGGGGACAUGGUGGAUUCCUUCAUUGGGACAACCUUGCUUAGCAAGUUAUGAUUUUCUUGCACAAUAACUCCACUUCAAUAAAGGAGGCGGUCACUUGUCUCAGUAACUUGUCUCAAAUUGUGUUUGUGUACAAAGUACAGUCCUUAUCUUCACUUAGGAACAAAUAUUGUUGGAGAGAAAUUGUACCUCCAAGAGUGACUCAGCCACUACCUCUUUUACUUCAUUGAAAAACAUUUCAGGUCACAUGCAAAUAUUUGGUAGUUGCAAUAUUUGAUCAUGUUCAUAUAGUAUGCAUUGUUUGAACAUUUGUAUGCAAAACUUCUGGGAAUGUUUUUUUUGUUCAACAAUAUCAUGUUUUUCUCAAA